AGUAAUGUUGUUUUCUAUCAACAUUUUCUCCCCCAGCAAACAAACACUUUGACUCUUAUCCCUCUACACAGACUUUCUCUCAAAUUCUAAAUUACAAUCUUGUACCACAACCCCAGAUCGGAGAAUUGAUGGACGGAGCUGCGGCAUCCGGCGGCGCCGGCCCGGCGCCGUUCUUGCUGAAAACGUACGACAUGGUCGAGGACAGAUCAACGGACGAGAUUGUUUCAUGGAGUUCAUCAAGAAACAGUUUUGUUGUGUGGAACCCACCUGAGUUUGCUCGGUUGUUGCUGCCUACUUACUUCAAGCACAAUAAUUUCUCGAGCUUUAUUAGGCAGCUCAAUACUUAUGGUUUCCGCAAGAUUGAUCCUGAAAGGUGGGAAUUUGCUAAUGAGGAUUUUGUACAAGACCAGAAACAUCUUCUGAAGAACAUUCAUCGCAGAAAACCCAUUCAUAGUCAUAGCAAUCCUCCAAGUUCUACAGUUGAUCCAGAAAGAGCUGCUUUUGAGGAAGAAAUUGAUAAGAUAUCGCGUGAAAAGACUACACUUGAAACCAAUCUUCUAAGAAUCAAGCAGCAGCAACCUACUGCAAAGCUUCAGCUGGAAGAGUUGACUCAACGAAUAGGUGGUAUGGAGAAGAGGCAGGAGAACUUGCUAGCCUUUCUUGAAAAAGUAGUUCAGAAUCCUGAAUUCGUCGAACAUCUUGCACGUAAACUGGAAUCCAUAGAUUUAUCUGCAUAUAACAAAAAAAGGCGACUACCUCAUGUUGAAGAUUCUCAAGUUUUACGAGAAGAUAGUUUUGUUGACAACCAUAGCUUCUCUAGGCCCGAGUUUGGGAAUAUCUUUCACCAAGAUUUUUCAAAUAAGCUCACACUAGAGCUAUCACCAGCUGUUUCAGAUAUCAACUUGGUGUCACAUAGCACACAAAGUUCCAGUGAAGGUGGAGAAAGUCCACAAAGGGUGUCUGAAGGAGGCAUAAAGGAUGCCCUCAUGAGAUCAGUUAGUACUGUAUAUGCCCCCGAGACAUUAGAGCUUUCUGAUACUGGUACAUCUUUUACUUUUAAUAUGGAUCCUUCUCUUGCCCAGAAGGUAGGAUUGGCAGGAUCCAACAGCCCGAAGUUGCAAUCAUUGCAGCAAUGUUUGAGUUCUAGCGAGGAAGGCGAAGGUCAUAUCUCCUGCCAACUGAAUCUGACUUUGGCAUCUUCUUCCUUGCAUGCCAAUGAAAGUCAUUAUUCAGCUAAGCUCGCCCAGGACAGUGAAAAAUCUCUAGUCUCAAGGUCUAUUGGUAGUGGCAACGAGGUUGAGUUUAGAGUUCCUCAGAAGAGUAAAAACUAUUCUAGCGAUGGUGCAAAUUUGUCUUCCUUACAUGAUACAGCAACUAAAAACCAAGAACCAGAAACUGCGCCACCCAGGGUAAACGAUGUUUUCUGGGAACAGUUCCUUACAGAAAGACCUGGUACUUCAGAGACUGAACAAGCAAGCCCCUCGGCCAGGCCAAACCUCCACGACGAGCAAGAAGGCAGAAGACAAGGAAAUCAGAACUCCAGAAGUACUGUGGAUAGUCUCACUCUUUGACUGCCAAAAUUGCUGCCUGCUGGAUGUCCUAAGAAGGUUUUGCAACAUUCUUCACAUCUUUUGCUACAUUUGUAACAUAGUGUAUAUUUAGCAUAUUCGAGCUUGAGCACUAUUCCUAACUGGUCUGUCAAUAACUUAUGUGCAAACAUUAGUUUCCGAUAAUUUUUUAGGGCAUAUUAGACCUUAAUUUCGAAGAUAUUCACUUUGAAAUUCAACCGAAGAUGACCGGUUAUAAAUCAUGCUAUACAGUCAUUUUUGUUGUUUA